AUGAAAUGCAGAAAACGUACUGUUAAUUUUCAAAUGUUUUAAGGUUUAAUAGCAAAAACGGAGGUUCAUAAGAUAGUUUGGUUACCACAAACCUUAAAAAGUGGAGGGCAAAUUAACGAAAAUCAUUUGAACACGUUCAAUCCUACUAAUUGAGAAUAGUAAAUAUGGUUCACAUCAUACUACACGGUAUAACGAACAAAAGAUACAAUUUUUUUUUAACUAGUUGAAACUCGCUUAUUGUACUUCCACGUCUAGUUCAUACGUACUACAUAUGUAUGUAUACAAAUGUAUGUUACCUGCGGUAAUAAUGUGGUGAAUUCGUUAGAGUGGAAUAAAAGUGUAUCUUUCGGCAUUAAUUUACUCGAUAUUUUUUUUUUGUGUACGAACCUACUUUUAAAACCAGUUCUUGGAGUAAACUACAAAUAAACAAGUGAAAGAAUUAUACAGAAAGUAUUGAAGUGGCUGCAAAGGCUUUAGUGGCACGUAAUAUAAUUUAUAUAUCUGCAAUAAAAAAAUUGAUUUGCAAUAUAUUUUAUAAAAAAGUGGUUAAUACAAUGAAAACAUCUGAUCGAAUUAAAUUCAAGUUAAAGAACAAUGCUGAAAAAAUUAAACCGACAAAAAAAGAUAAAGUGGAAUUUCGUUCCGUGUCAUUAUAUACAAAAGAGUUUAGAAACAAGAGCAAACUUGCACUCUCGCCUACAUUUGGAUGUUUGUUGGAUGAUGGAAAAAUUUAGAACCAAGAACGCGUUCAAUUUAAAAUAAAUAUACAUAUAUUGUUAUACACUAUGUCAAGUUUAAAGCUGCAUAUACACGUUUAUGUAUUAUUAUGCAUUUCCAAGAAUACCAUGUAUACUUAUGUAUAAGUUUUCCUUCAAAAAUUAAGCGAUCCACUAUCAAUAACAUCCAAAGUGAUGAUACAUGUUAUAUUUGCAAUAGAAUUGAAAAUAAUAAUAAGACUGUUCUUCAUUCUACGAUAUUAAUUUCUUAUAGGCAGAAGAGAAACAAAUGGAUAACAUUUGGAACAAUUAUAAUUUUGACUAUUUGCACGCGUUACUACAAGGUGACAGAACCAGACCACGUUUGCUGGGAUGAAACACAUUUUGGAAAGAUGGGUAGCUGGUAUAUUAAUAGAACAUUUUUCUUUGACGUUCAUCCACCAUUAGGAAAGAUGCUUAUAGGACUCUCUGGGUACGUAACUGGAUAUAAUGGUACUUAUCCCUUUGAAAAACCAGGAGAUAAAUACAACGGUUCACGCUAUGAAGGAAUGCGUUAUUUUUGUACAACCUUAGGUGCACUCAUAAUGCCCAUGGCUUUUGACACAGUCUAUGAGUUGACGCAAUCAACCGAAGCAGCUGUGAUAUCUUCACUUUAUUUAAUAUUUGAUGUGGGUCUCGUAACCCUAAAUCAAUAUAUUUUGCUUGACCCGAUUCUGCUUUUUUUCUUAACUGCAUCCGUUUGGGGAAUGACCAAGGCAUCGAACCUUACUGAAACUGGAAAUUCUUAUACACUUUCUUGGUGGGUUUGGCUAUUUUUUACCGGUACUAUGUUAGCUUGUACAACAAGUACCAAAUUUGUAGGUCUCUUUGUUGUUAUGCUCGUGGGUUUGCACACAAUCCAGCAACUUUGGAUAAUUUUUGGAGAUAUGAGAAAACCAAUUACGGAGACUGUCAAACAAAUCGCGUGUCGAACAAUCGCAUUAAUUCUGUGGCCAAUUAUUUUGUACAUGUAUUUCUUUUACAUUCACUUGAUUGUAUUGAAUCGGAGCGGAACCGGGGAUGGCUUCUACAGUUCUGCUUUCCAAUCGCGUUUAAUUGGUAAUUCUUUAUAUAAUGUCAGUAUGCCGCGAGAUGUGACAUAUGGUGCAAUCGUUACUAUUAAAAAUCAUAAGACUGGAGGAGGUUAUCUACAUUCCCACUAUCAUUUAUACCCGAAAGGUAUUGGAGCCAGACAACAACAGGUAACUACAUAUACGCACAAGGAUGAUAACAAUAAAUGGCUUAUAAAACCAUACAACAAGGAUUCAAUUGAUAACUUAAAAUAUAUUUCGCAUGGCGCUUUAAUAAGACUAGAGCAUGUUGCUACCAGGCGUAAUUUACACUCACAUGGUGAACCAGCACCACUCACUAAAAGGCAUUUACAAAUAACAGGAUACGGAGAGGAUGGGCAAGGUGAUGCAAAUGAUAUUUGGCAGGUUCUAUUGGUUGAUGGUAAGCAAAACACCAGUGUUAAAACUGUUACAACAAAGUUUUUGCUAAUACACUAUCUCCAAAAUUGUGCGCUGACUACCAGCGGACAGCAACUUCCGAAAUGGGGAUUUGAGCAACAAGAAGUUUCUUGCAAUCCUAACUUGAGAGAUAAAAAUGCAUUUUGGAAUGUGGAAGAUAAUCGGAACGAAAAAUUACCAACUGUCAACCUUAACAUGUACGCGCCCAGUUUUUUGUCAACAUUUAUGGAAUCUCAUGCAGUAAUGUUUCAAGGAAACGCUGGUCUUAAGCCGAAGGAAGGAGAAUUAACAAGCAAACCUUGGCAAUGGCCUAUAAACUACCGGGGGCAAUAUUUCUCUGGAAGCUCUUAUCGUAUCUAUCUGCUUGGAAAUCCUAUAAUUUGGUGGAGUAAUCUGGCUUUUCUAAUAUUAUUUGUGCUCGUUUCUUCUGUCACUAUUAUCAAACAACGACGCUUAGAUGGCCGACGGUUCGUAGAGCGAAACUGCGCUGAAGAGACAUAUUCAAAUAAUGGCAAACAAGAAAAACAGCAGACAAUAUUAAAUGCAGCCUUUUGGUUAUUCACCGGAUGGAUUACACAUUAUGUACCUUUUUGGACAAUGGGCCGUAUUCUCUACUUCCAUCACUAUUUUCCAGCUGUAAUAUUUAACUCAAUGUUGGCAGGAUACUGAUUGCGAUACUUCUUAUUCAAACGACGACGGCAAAAUUGACCGACUAUUCGACUUCCGACUACAUACCGAUUCAGGAUGGUGACGCGACGAUUUGGGAGGAAUUUGGCUAUCUAAGGCAUACAACUAAUCUUACAGUAUACAAGGGAAUAGUUGAGGAAACCAAAGGCUUAACAACGCAAUUCCCUCUAUCCCAUAUGAGAAUGUUACUGGACGCAGGCAUUGCACAUAUAAAGGUGCUUCUGACAACACUGGACAUCCAUCACAGGCAGGCUAGGAGCAUUAACGUUUUGGGUACUGCCCUAAAGGUUAUCGCAGGUACGCCUGACUUUGGCGAUUUCGAAAACUUAAAGUUCCGACAACAGGAACUCGUAGACUCAGAGCGACAUCAGGUAGAAGUAAACACAAGGAUACAAGAAAAGAUAAAUGAACUGACGGAAACGGUUAACCACAUCAUUAAAAACUCAAAAGCUGGACAGAUCGACACUGGUCACUUGUAUGAAAUGUUGCUUGCAAGAAAUAGGAUCAUUAUAAAUGAAAUUGAAACUUUAAUUUCAACUACUACCCUUGCAAAGAUAGGGAUAAUAAAUCCCAUGUUGUUAAACUCAAAUGAUAUAAAAAACAUUAUUGAAAUGCCCUCUACAAACACAACUAUCACUGAUUUAAUGGAGGUAUCAUAUAUUAAGGUUCUAUUAGACGGUAAUCUUCUACAUUUUAUUAUCAAAUAUCCCAAGCCAGUACUAGUCUGUAAGAGAAUUAUUAUUUUUCCUGUCCAACACAAUGGAACAAUCCUGCACCUUGGGAAUGACAACAAUGUUGCCGAUUGUCAUAAUCAAAUUUUGGCGAUUGGAAAUUGCAGCGCAACGCUCACAUCAACGUUUUGCAAAAAAUUACAACAUCCAACGUGCGCGCAGCAGCUUCAUUCUGGUAAUGUUGCCCAAUGCAGCACUCGCCCUAGCCACCUUGAACCAAUUAUGGUGGUCGAUGAUGGCAUAAUCAUCAUUAACGAUAAUACCGCUUUAGUCAAGACUACCGCAGACACCGAGAAGACCAUAAAGGGAACUUAUUUACUUUCCUUCGAAAAUGAGAUUAAAAUUAAUGGAUCCUACUUCCAAAACCUAAACGGCAUGUUUAAAAAAUUACCAGGAUCAGCAACGACGGCGCUCCUUAAUAUCACCAGUCAUCAAAAGAUUUUGAGUCUUCCAUACCUUCACAAGAUAAGUAUGGAAAACCUGCGUUUUAUCGGGAAAAUCGAAGGGAGGACUAUGAUGGGACCAACGAUAUCAGGUCUCACUAGCAUUGUCAUACUAAUUACCUGUUACGGUCUAAUCAAACUAUACCGAGAGCGAAAAAGAAGACUCAAAUACCAGAAUCUUCAGAACGUCAUAAACAAUCUUAAGAAGUCCGUGGACGGCCUUCAUUUAGAAGGGGAGGAGUUAACAUAAGCUGCCCUUUGUCAACGAUAAAGUCCGCGCGUGGCCUGAGUCAGCGAAUCUACAUUCUCACGCUGGCAGCUAGCAGUCAACAUAAGCAGCACUUUGUCAACAACAAAGUCCGCGCGUGGCCUGAGUCAGCGAAUUCACAUUCCCACGCUGACAGGUAAGGCACAGCGGUAGCGGCAAACUGCCAACGCAAGCGUCGGCGUCGUAUCCGCUGCAAUAACAAAAACUGAGACAAGGUGCAGGUUUAAGACAUUUAUAAUGUAAGUUUAGUUUUAAACAGAGAACUCAUCAGACAGGAUGGUCUGAUCAAUAAAGCAAUAAUAACAAAAAAUUUAUAUACCAUAAAUGACUGACGCGCUUGAGUAUUUUCAUGUGACUGUUUUUUUUUUACAUUUUUGAAACCAAUUACCCGCUCUUCUCCCCACUAAAAUGGAAAACUUCACCUAGACUUUCUUUUUUUUAAACGUUAUCUUGACAAUCUAGUAAGUCUCCAUGACGCUCCAGUAACUGCAAAUUUAGCAUUCCGGGCUCCCCUACUAUAAGUAUUAUAUUGUGAAAAAAAUUAAUACCGAAUUUUUUUAUAAUGCGUUGUUUUGUGUUUUUUAAUAUGUUGA